UUUGACUUAAAGAGGCAUAGUUUCCUGUUUUCUGCUUCUAGGUGUGCAGUGCAGGGAAGGACCGGAUACCCAUUGCAUCUUAUAAUGCCUAGCUUACUUUAUGUACUUUGUUAAUUAUCGAUCAGUGAGCUAUGUCCACAUUGGUUACUGGUUAGUUUAUUAGCAAGUCCAGUCAGCUAAGCUUUAAAAAUGGGCAGGUAGCUGGAUCAGACCUUCUAUUGCCUCGCUGAGCUGCUUGGUGGGGAUUUCAGCCUCCUCUCAAGUAGCUGGAUCAGACCUACUACCUGCCUCUCGCUGAACCUUGACUCAUCGCUCCUACAAAGUUGUUCCUCAUUCCAUCAUCUGUGUUUCCUAUCCAUUGUUAUAUUUAUCAGUUGUUUCUACUACCUCCGAUCUGGAAGCACUUUCAUUGCUCGUCUAUCAUUUAUUCAGACUAGUGCCCUCAGCAGAAGAGGAACAGUCCUCCGAUGACGGAAGUGGCCUUAGCUAUAGCUGGCUUAAGAUUGGCUGCAUUGCCGGUCUUGAAGAAGCUCCAUGCUAAUGCUUCAACAUAUUUUGGAGUGGACAUGGCGCGUGAGCUCCAUGAACUGGAGACCACAAUCUUGCCGCAGUUUGAGCUGUUGAUUGAAGCAGCAGACAAGGGAAAACACAGGCCCAAGUUGGACAAGUGGCUUCAGGAACUCAAAGAAGCAUUCUAUCUCGCCGAAGACUUGCUGAACGAGCAUGAGUACAACCUCCUUAAGCUCGAAGCAAAGGGGAAAUAUUCCUUGUCGGCCAAUGCCUCCUUCAUCAAAAGCACUUUUAUGAAGCCUCUGCAUGCUGCAUCAAGCAGGUUGUCCAAUCUGAGCUCCAAGAACAGAAAGCUAAUUCAACAGCUGAAUGAACUGAAGGCUACCCUGGCGAAAGCCAAGGACUUCCGUGAACUGCUCUGCUUACCAUCUGGUUAUAAUGCAGAGAGCCCCAUCAUAUCAUCAGUUGUUGUUCCAGAGACCACAUCACUGCCGCCUCUGAAAGUGAUUGGUCGUGACAAGGAUCGGGAUCACAUAAUAGAUCUUCUUACCAAGACAACUGCUACUACUGAGUCUGGUACAGCUAUGUACUCGGGUUUGGCCAUUGUUGGAGCUGGAGGCAUGGGAAAGUCCACCUUGGCACAACUUGUUUACAGUGACAAGAGGGUCAAAGAAUAUUUUGAUGUGACAAUGUGGGUAAGCAUCUCACGCAAACUUGAUGUCCGCCGUCAUACACGAGAGAUCAUUGAGUCUGCCUCUCAGGGGGAGUGCCCACGCAUUGAUAACCUUGAUACUCUGCAGCGCAAGUUGACAGACAUCCUGCAAGAAUCAGGGAAAUUCCUACUUGUGUUGGAUGAUGUUUGGUUUGAACCUGACAAUGAGAGUGAAUGGGACCAACUGUUAGCUCCUCUAAUUUCCCAACAGAUGGGAAGCAAAGUUUUGGUAACUUCUCGACGGGAUACAUUUCCAGCUGCUCUUUGUUGUGAAGUGUGUCCUCUGGAAAACAUGGAAGAUGCUCAGUUCUUGGCACUCUUCAAGCACCAUGCAUUCUCUGGACCAGAAAUCAAAAAUCUGCAGCUUCAUGAAAAACUUGAAGAUUUUGCAGAGAGGAUUGCUAAAAGACUUGGACUAUCUCCUUUGGCAGCAAAAGUUGUGGGUUCCCAGUUGAAACAAAAAACACAUAUCAAUGCAUGGAAGGAUGCUUUAACUAUAAAGAUUGAAAAAUUAAGUGAGCCCAUGAGAGCUCUAUUGUGGAGUUAUAAGAAGUUAGAUCCAUGUUUGCAGAGGUGCUUCUUAUAUUGCAGCUUGUUUCCAAAAGGCCAUAAGUAUGUCAUUAAUGAUUUGGUUUAUCUUUGGAUGGGUGAGGGUCUUGUUGAUUCAUGUGACCAAAACAAGAGAGUGGAAGAUAUUGGGAGGGAUUGCUUCAAUGAGAUGAUCUCCGUUUCGCUUUUUCAACCAGUUUCUGGGAAAGACACUCCAAAAUACGUUGGCCCGUGUUAUGUUAUGCAUGAUCUCCUGCAUGAGCUGGCAGAAUCACUCUCCAAAGAAGAUUACUUCAGAUUGGAAGAUGAUAAGGUGACAGAAAUACCAUCCACUGUCAGAUUCCUAUCUGUUCGUGUUGGUAGUAUGCAAAAACACAAGCAAAGUAUCUGCCAGCUACAUCAUUUACGCACUAUUAUCUGCAUAGACCCCCUAAUGGAUGAUUUAAGUGAUCUUUUUAAUCAGAUACUACAAAAUUUGAAGAAGCUGCGGGUACUAUCUUUGUCAUCUUACAACAGUAGUAAGUUGCCAGAAUCUAUUGGUGAGUUGAAGCACCUUCGGUAUUUGGACAUCAUCAGAACACUAAUUUCUGAAUUGCCAACAUCACUGUGUACUCUUUACCACUUGCAAUUACUUCUGUUAAAUGUCAAAGUUGAUAGUUUCCCUGAGAAACUCUGCAAUCUAAGGAAGUUACGACAUCUUAAACGACUUCGAAAUACAAUAGCCAUGUCAAACGAAGAAUCGCUGCCUCAAAUUCGUAACAUUGGCAAGCUAACUUCGCUUCAACAAAUUAAGGUAUUUUCUGUGCAGAAGGAAAAGGGAUAUGAGUUGCAACAGCUCAGGGAGAUGAAUGAGAUUCGUGGCAGUUUAUGUGUCACAAAUCUUGAGAAUGUCACUGGGAAGGAUCAAGCCUUAGAAGCAAAGCUACAUCAGAAAAUUCAUCUUGGUGGGUUGAAACUUCUCUGGAGUUGCGAGAAUAGCACAAAUGCGGAGGCUAAUUUACAUUUGGAGAUUUUAGAAGGCCUAAUGCCACCGCCUCAACUUAGGCACCUUAAAAUUUGCGGCUACAAAUAUCCAAAAUAUCCAUGCUGGUUAAUUGAUGGUUCGUAUUUUGAGAAUUUGAAAUCUUUAACUUUUGUUGAUUGCAAUGCAUUACAAUGCCUACCAUGCAAUGCAUGUCUAUUUGAGAAUUGCUCUUCACUUGUCCUCAGCAAUGUGCCGAACCUGAAGACAUUGCCUUGUCUUCCACUAGGCCUUAAACUUUUAGAAGUUGACAAAUGCCCAUUGCUCAUAUUUAUUUGCAACGAUGAGUUGGAGCAUCACAAUAUCAUGAGGGGAAACCACUUGGCAUCACACCUUGGUUUAAUCUGGGAUGUGGAUUCAGGAAAGAAUAUUAGGAGGGCACUCUCAUUGGAACAUUCAUUUCUGAAGGAGCUCGUGAUAUUGAUGCAUGCUGAUGUGUCACAUGUUCAAAAUCUUGAAAGUGCUCUAAAAAGAAAGAAAGAUGAAGUAUUGGUAAAAGAGGAUAUCAUCAAGGCAUGGAUAGACUGUCACGAACAGAUGAUUGGACUCGUGUAUGGAAGGAGCAUUGGGCUGCCGCUGGUUCCACCAUCAGGACUUUGUGAACUUUCUCUUUCUUCAUGCAGUAUUACAGAUGGAGCUUUAGCUGUUUGCCUUGAUGGCCUGGCUUCACUGAGAAAAUUGGUCUUAGAAAAGAUUAUGACAUUAAUGGCACUUCCUUCAGAAGAGGUCCUCCAACAUUUGACAAAACUUAAUCACUUGUCCAUCGGAGGUUGCUGGUGUCUCCGGUCAUUAGGGGGUUUACGAACCGCUACCUGUCUCUCAGAUGUCAGAUUGAAUUCCUGCCCUUCUUUAGAAUUGGCAUGUGGAGCAGAAUGUUGACCAUUAUCCCUUGAGAGCCUCAGGGUAACCCGUUGCAUGCUUGGAGCUGACUUCCUCUGUGCUGACUGGCCACACUUGAAUAGUAUUCUCAUAAGCAAAUGCAGAAGCACUGCAUGCUUGUCUGUUGGUAGUCUCACCUCUGUUAAAUUAUUCUCACUGUAUCACUUGCCAGAUUUAUGUUCUCUCGAAGGAUUGUCUUCGCUGCAACUUGAAGAAGUGGAUUUGGUUGGUGUUCCGAAACUCACCCCCGAGUGUAUCUCACAGUUUCGAGUCCAGUACUCACUCGAAGUUAGCAGUCCUGUAAUACUCAACAACAUGCUCUUGGCUGAAGGUUUCACAGUUCCAACACGGCUCUCUCUUGCAGGAUGCAAGGAACCAUUCUUUUCAUUUGAAGAAUCCGCAAAUUUCACAUCUGUCAAGGGCCUGAGUUUUGUUAGUUGUCAAAUGAUUUCCUUGCCAACAAAUCUGAAGUGCUUCCCCAAUCUGACUAAUCUCAUCAUCUAUAACUGCCCCAAAUUGUCAUCUUUACCAGAUCUGCCAUCCUCCCUCCUGAACAUAUCUGUAUGGGGUUGUUCUAAGCUCUUGAAGGAGAGUUGCCGAGCACCUGAUGGAGAAAGUUGGCCAAAGAUUGCGCAUAUCCGCUGGAAGACAAUUGGUUAAAGUGUGAUUUAGUUUCCCACUUACAAAUAAACCGAAAGGCCGAAGAUGUGUGCCCUCCAGCAAGCUUUUUCUGAGGUGCCUCGGGCUGGCUCAUCUUGUAGUUCAAACUCUGUCUCCUACUUGACCGGGUGGUGCUGGUCCCCUCGGUUGGUCUUCUGCUUUGCUGAUUGCCUCAUGCAUUGCCCUCUUGCACUCCACCACCUCCUGUCCUCUGGUGGCACUAUCAAGGAUGCUAGAUUUUGUACUCGUGUUUUCAGUUAUCUUUUUCUUCAUGCUUUUAUUCAUGUACUGGACAAGUGCCGAAAGUAGCAUCUAAUUUGCAUCUCGUAAUAGUUGUGCUGUUUUGUUACCUUAUCCUGGAGUAUGUCAUACUUUUUGUUUGUAUGGAUUUUAAUCGCUAUCUCUUGUAUGUUGUUACA